CUAUUUGGUUACAUUACUUAUCCGUUCAUCUCAGAGCAGCCGGCUGCUAAGAGAGAGGAGGAAGCCCGAAGAAGGCAGCAGCUUACUAGUAGCUCAAGGCAAGGCAGCAGGCAAUUCAUCAAAGCCUUCAAGCUAGCAGAUAGUUUCCAUGGGGAACUGCACCGCGUCGCAGCGUGCGGUGGAGUCGUGGGCCGACGACGGCGAGUGGGAGGAGGAGGCGUCCUCGGAGGAGGGCGACCACUACCACGGCCAUCACGACCACCACGAGAGGCGGGAGGAGCACGCGUCGGAGGUGACCAUCAGGAUCACCAAGAGACAGCUGCACGAGCUGAUGGAGAAGAAGGGCAGCGGCCAUGGUCUGCAGCUGCCGGGGUUGGGCAGCCGGCGGUCGACGGAGCAGCUGCUGGCGGACAUCAUGAACUCCGGGGAGGUGCACCACCACCACCACAGGGAGGAGCACUGGCACUGGAAGCCCGCGCUGCAGAGCAUCCCCGAGGCCGUGGAGUCAUGACACCGGAGAAUUCGAUCGAUCUCGAUCGGGACUAGGAUCUGGUGGUUCAGAAAUUCUUCUGCCACCUCUCCUCCAUGUCGUCUUCGUUCUCGUCGUUGCUUUCACCUUGUUCGGUGUCAAACUGUAGUCACUAAUCUGUGUAGAUAUCGGUUUUCUAGAUGCGUACAUAGCUGUAGGGAAAUUGUGAAUUCAAAUUUCAGCUGUAGGAAAAGAAUAUGUGAAAAGGCCAAUUCCUCAAGUUCCGUU